AUGUCUUCAACGACGGAGCGGGAGCAACAACAGAGUGCGGAGCCGCUGGAGCCCCCUCGCGAUGAUUGGGAGACUGGUACCAAGAUUCAGAGUGGCAUCAAUAGGGAGAAGACAGCACAAACUGCACCGGAAACCAAGGACUCGAACAUUGUCGACUGGGACGGUCCCAAUGAUAGCAUCAACCCUCGGAACUGGAGCGCACGCAAAAAGCUGGCACAUGUUCUCAUGGUCAGCCUUUUCACCCUCUAUGCAAACCUGGCCGCGGUCAUGUUUGCGCCUGGCGCCGCCGCCCUCUGUGCCGAGUUUGGCAUCACCGAUACCGUUGUCGCCUCUUUGACUGUCAGCAUCUACAUACUGGGAUUCGCCCUCGGCCCGUUGAUUAUUGCUUCUUUAUCCGAAAUAUAUGGCCGCUUGGUCAUUUAUCACACCUGCAACGUAGUAUAUAUCGGCUUCACCAUCGGAUGUGCCUUGAGCACCAACAUGGCCAUGUUCCUCGUUUUCCGCUUUCUCUGUGGAUGCGCCGCGUCAUCUCCAAUGGCCAUUGGAGGGGGCACCAUCGCAGACCUCUAUGUAGCCGAGGAGCGCGGCAAAGCUAUGGCCCUCUUUGGUCUCGGCCCGCUCCUUGGUCCAUGUAUUGGUCCCGUCAUUGGCGGGUUUGUGACCCAGGAUCUUAGUUGGCGCUGGACCUUCUGGCUGAUCUUGAUACUAGCGGUGAUUUCCACCACACUUGCGUUUCUUUUCAUGCGUGAAACAUACAGACCCGUCAUUCUCGAGAACAAGGCUGUCCGGCUCCGCAAGGCCACCGGCAACCUCGGACUUCGGGCAGCAACCCAUAGCCAGGUUCUCAGCCAAGGCCAGCUUCUGUGUCGCGCCGUCGUACGACCAUCGAAGAUGUUGCUCUUCUCGCCUAUCGUCCUUCUACUCUCCAUCUACAGCGCCUUCAUGUUCGGCCUCAUAUACCUGUUAUUCACCACCUUUCCCGCGGUGUUUGAGAAGACAUAUGGAUUUAGCAUCGGGAUCUCUGGGCUCGUUUAUCUUGGAUUGGGAAUCGGCAUGAUUCUGGGCAUCAUUCUCUUUGGUAUCUUAAGCGACAAACUGCUGAAGCAACCCCGAGGAGGAACCGUUGCACGACCGGAGCUCCGCCUGCUUCUACUGAUGUGGAUGGCACCUAUCAUCCCUAUCGGCUUCUUCUGGUAUGGAUGGAGUGCUCAGGAGGUCACCCACUGGAUCGUGCCUAUCCUAGGUACCUUUGUGAUUGGAGCGAGCGCCUUCCUUAUGCUUAUGCCUGUCCAAAUUUAUCUCGUGGACUCGUUUGGGUCCGAGGCGGCCGCUUCCGCUUUGGCUGCUAACACAGUUCUCCGUAGCCUAUUCGGGGCCCUCUUACCUCUUGCGGGCCCACCAAUGUACGCAGACUUGGGGCUCGGCUGGGGAAAUAGUCUGCUGGCUUUCAUCGGACUUGGGUUUGUUCCCAUUCCUUUCCUCUUCUACAAGUAUGGAGAGUACUUGAGGACGCGAUUUCCGGUGGACGUCUGA